AUGCCUUUCUCAUCGUCGCCGUCGUCGUCGUCUCGGGCUCGCGCUACUCUCUCGCUCACAGCGCGCACGGCUGCUAGUUCCCUUUUGGCUGUAUCGAUUCUGAUGGCUGGCACAGUAUCUGCAGCGAGCGCGGAACCUGCACGCGGGAUUGCUUGGCCCUGGUUCUCCAACACGUCAGCAUUGACCUUUGAUGGCUCGUCGUGGGUGUACAAUUGGGAGCUCUACGAGCCCACGGGUGGACCCAUCGGCUCCAUGGAGUUCGUGCCCAUGGUGCGUACCGAGGCAGACCUGCAAUACCUCACCUCCUACCAGACGGUCAAGGACGCCUCCUGGCUCAUGGGCUUCAACGAGCCAGACAUGAGCACCGACGUGGGCGGAAGCAACAUCAAUGCCACGUACGCUGCCCAGCUCUGGAAGACUCACAUUGCACCCCUGCGCUCUGACAGCCUCAAACUCGUCGCUCCAGCCGUGUCCAGCUCAGGCGCUGCGGGGCAGGGCCCUAGCUGGCUAGCAGACUUCCUAGCCGCUUGCGACGGUUGCAUCUUUGAUGCCUACGCCUUCCACCCCUACGCCUCGAACCGUUGGGGAGUCUCGGCGCUCAUUGACAAUUUCCUCGAGCUUGGCCACACGCCCGUCUGGGUGACCGAAUUCAACACCUACACGCCUGAAGAGAGCGGCGCGCCCUUCGUCGAGUAUAUGAUCGACUACUUCAACAAUAAGACGACCGAGGAAAUCGCGAGAUACUCGAUGAUCUCGAGGGUAGCGCAGAACACUGCCACGCAGGCAGACUUGAUCUACCUCAAUGGCAGUCUCACGCCUGCGGGCGAAACGUACAAUUCUUAUGAGGUCCAGGAACGCGCUCAGGAUACCUCUACGUCGUCUCCCUCUUCUUCAUCGUCGGCGGCGACCCAUUCGUCAGCUGCCAUCUACGCCAACAGUGCGCCAGAAGAGCACCUUGUAGCACCCGCUUCACUCAUUGGUCUCGGUUUCCUAGCAUUGGCAAUACUUGCAUUUGUAUCAUAG